AGGGGGAGACAAGCGGUCGUCCGGGGUUAGAUUGGGGGGUGUCGGUCCGUUCAGGGCGGGUGAUGACUCACGGCCCAUCCCAUCUUCCCGACGCCGCCCGCCCGCGCAGAGCUAGCUCCAUGGCUUAACGGAGGAGGCAGUGGCGAGCGGGGGGAGGGGGACUCUUAUUUUGUUAGGGGGACCGGGCCAAGGCCCGACCGGCCUGGCAGGGCUCGCCCGGUGCCGGGCGUCAUGUCUCAUGCAGCCGAGCCAGCUCGGGACGGCGUAGAGGCCAGCGCGGAGGGUCCUCGAGCCGUGUUCGUGCUGUUGGAAGAGCGCAGGCCGGCCGACUCGGCCCAGCUGCUCAGCCUGAAUUCUUUGCUUCCGGAAUCCGGGAUUGUUGCUGACAUCGAAUUAGAAAACAUCCUUGAUCCUGACAGCUUCUACGAGCUCAAAAGCCAGCCUCUACCCCUCCGCUCCAGUAGCGGUUACUUUCCCAGUGCGGAGAUUAGAAGCACGGAGGAGGAGAGCAGGUGGACAAGUCCGUGCGCCUCUGGCCUGCCCUUUCCCUACCCUGUCUUGUAUCCCGAACUCAAGGCACACAACACGGAGCUUCCUACCGGCCUGGCUGCUUGGAUGGGCGUGGCCUUCCUAAUCUCCCGUCCUCCCGUGGGGGGCUCCAGGACCCCUGCCAUGUCCUCGUCUUCAUCGCGGGUGUUGCUGCGGCAGCAGCUGAUGCGGGCCCAGGCACAGGAGCAGGAGAGGCGUGAGCGGCAGGAACAGGCAGCAGCUGCUUCCUUCCCCAGCCCUGCGCCCGCCUCACCAGCCAUCUCUGUGAUUGGUGUGUCUGCUGGCGGCCACACACUGGGUCGUCCACCUCCUGCCCAGGUGCCCAGGGAGGUGCUCAAGGUUCAGACCCACCUGGAGAACCCCACACGCUACCACCUGCAGCAAGCCCGCCGGCAGCAGGUGAAACAGUACUUGUCUACCACACUUGGGCCCAAGCUGGCUUCCCAGGCCCUCACCCCGCCACCGGGGCCUGCCAGUGCCCAGCCACUUCCUGCCCCUGAAACUGCCCAUGCCACUGGCCCUACAGGCAGUGCUCCUAACAGCCCCAUGGCGCUGCUCACCAUUGGGUCCAGCUCAGAGAAGGAGAUUGAUGAUGUCAUUGAUGAGAUCAUCAGCCUAGAGUCCAGUUACAACGAUGAGAUGCUCAGCUAUCUUCCUGGAGGCACUGCAGGGCUGCAACUUCCCAGCACGCUGCCUGUGUCAGGGAACCUGCUUGAUGUGUACAGCAACCAAGGAGUGGCCACACCAGCCAUCACUGUCAGCAAUUCCUGUCCUGCUGAGCUGCCUAACAUCAAACGGGAGAUUUCUGAAACCGAGGCAAAGGCCCUUUUGAAGGAGCGACAGAAGAAAGACAAUCACAACCUAAUUGAACGACGCAGGCGAUUCAACAUUAACGAUAGGAUCAAAGAGCUGGGCACCCUCAUCCCCAAGUCCAAUGAUCCGGAGAUGCGCUGGAACAAGGGUACCAUCCUGAAGGCAUCUGUGGAUUACAUCCGCAAAUUACAGAAGGAACAGCAACGCUCCAAAGACCUGGAGAGCCGGCAGCGCUCCCUGGAGCAAGCCAACCGAAGUCUGCAGCUCCGAAUUCAGGAGCUAGAACUGCAGGCCCAGAUCCAUGGUCUGCCAGUACCUCCUACCCCAGGACUGCUCUCCCUAGCCACUAGUUCCGGCUCUGACAGCCUCAAGCCAGAGCAGCUGGACAUUGAGGAGGAGGGCAGGCCAAACACGGCAUCAUUUCAUGUAUCAGGGGGACCUGUCCAGAACACACCUCAGCAGCAGCCUCCAGCACCGCCCUCGGAUGCCCUUCUGGACCUGCACUUUCCCAGCGACCACUUGGGGGACCUAGGGGACCCCUUCCACCUGGGGUUAGAGGACAUUCUGAUGGAGGAGGAAGGGGUGAUGGGAGGACUGUCAGGGGGUGCCCUGUCCCCGUUGCGAGCUGCCUCUGACCCCCUGCUUUCUUCAGUAUCCCCGGCUGUGUCCAAGGCCAGCAGCCGUCGAAGCAGCUUCAGCAUGGAGGAGGAGUCCUGAUCAGGUCUCGCUCCUCCCCUUGGACUUCCCCACCCAGGGAAGGAGGACAAGCCUGAAUGAGACCUUUUUUUCCUACUCCUGUGAGACUGCCCUGUCCAGGAAAUCUGGGGGAAAGAGGAGUUGCAAUUAGGCCCAAACCCUGUAAUCGGCAAGGAGAGGAAUCAGGUGGAGCCCUGCCCCUUUUCCAAAGGAACCACCCUGCACAGGUAUUUCUGAGGGGGAAGGCAGGACAGAACUCCGAGCGAGCACUCAGUUCAUAGCCUAAGAAUCACAGCCAUGCCCCUGGCCCGACUCCUGCCUAGGCAAGGGAAGGAGUCGGGAUAAGGUGGUGCCCCUGGCCACUAGGGACCCUUAUAAACAGGUCUCCUAAGGAAAGGAGAUGCCAGGAUGCUACUCCAUUCCUUCUCUGGGAAUUGCCAGGCCAGCUUUCCCUGGCACUGGAGGAAGAAAAAUGAAAACUCUGGCGUCCUACCCCUGGAGGGUUGAGCCCUAUCCCUUCCUUAUGACCCCUGCCUUGCUCUGGCAAGGAUCCGAAGUAAGAGUGUGAUGCAGCCCAUUCCUCUGACACACAUCCCUCUGUAGGAAAAGCCCAGCACAGGUAUUUCAGGUAUGGAGGAUCUCAUGAAGACACCACAGCCCCAGCCUGACCUUCAGCAACAUCCCAUGCAAGCAUUCCAGUCAGCAGGAAGGAAUGGUUCCUAAAUUCCCUGCCUUAACCUGGGACCAACCUGGGACCUGAGCUAUGAGGGCUCUGUGCUGACCCUGCUCUUGAGGAAGAGAACAGACUGAAAUCUUAAGGAUUGACUUUCUAGCUCUAGAUUCAGAGUGAGAUUUAGAUCUUUACCCUUGGGAGAUCUUUCCUUUUCUGCCUUGAGGGGCAGUUUGGGGAGAUGAUAGAGAUUAGUGUGGACCUAGUCUAGGCACCCCAAAAUGCUACUCCAGUACUUCUCUUCAACUUGUAGAAAAUGGUAAAGGAAGGGUACGUCCAGGCUGUUUCCCAGCCCAAGGGGGAAACGUCCCCUAAAAGACAGGAGCCUGGAUGAAGGGUAGCAAAACCUCAUUUGUUUGUAUGUUUUUUUUUAUUGAGCCCUCCUACUCAGAAACUAGAUCAGCCCUGACCUCUGCCUCCCACACAGGAUUUUCCACAUGGGGAACUACCCCUGUUUCAGAGCCAGCCCCACAAAGCCCCAUCUCUGCCACCUACAGUCAAGGCCUUCAGCUUUAAAGUGCUGGGGCCACGCCCCAAGGAGGGUUUACUGAGGGGGUCUGUAGGUUUGUGACUAAAAUAAUAAAUGCUAGGCGUGUUUGAUGCGCUUUUAACUUUG